CCCCUCUCUGACAGUGGUUUGCUCCUCACUCCAGCUGAUCGGCCCAGGAUUCCCCGGUGGCUCUGCCCGUCGUUGGCUUUAACGGCUCCAAUGUUUCAACGUCAAAUUAAACUGUUUUAAUUUUACGGAGUCAGUGGCCGCUCGUGUCGGCAAAUCGUUCCUUGCCUAGUGAACAUCUGAAGGAUAACCUGUCCGGCGUAUUGACUCUGUAUUUACCAAAAAAACAGGGGAUUUGAACGCAAAUACGAGGCCCUCGCUCCAUCCCCGGAUUCACCUGCUACGCGGAGAGCCUCACACGGAAGACCGACAUGGGGGACACGGGGAGCGAGGGCAGCAAGCCUCCAAGUAACGUUAACGUUGUACCCCCGCGCUGCCUCUGUGGUUUCUGGGGGUCGAACAAAACUGUGAAUCUCUGCUCAAAAUGUUUUGCAGACAUUCAGAAGAAACAGCCAGACGACGAUUGUGUCCCAAAAGCCUCCUCGAGCUCCAGCAGCAGCAGCAGCCAAGCAGACGUCUUCUGUAACCAAGCAAACAGCAGCAUUAGUCAGACACUGAUGUCGAUGCCGAACACAUCAGAAGACCCUUCGCCAGGAGAGACGGGAGCGCCAUCUCUCCCCGCUCAGGACGAAGUAUCCAGCACAGACGCCGUCUUCAGCUCGUGCUCCACUCCCACAAAACGCUCCUGCGAGUCAGCCUCGGAGUCCGAAAGCGACGUUUCACCCGAGAAGCGAGCGCGAGUGGGCGACGUACCAGAGGGUGAAGAGUCCUCAUCGUCAUCUUUGUCUGCGUCAUCAUCAUCCUCGUCUCGCAGCAGCUCUAAACAGCGGAGCCGCAAACGUUGCCAUCGCUGCCAAACCAAACUGGAGCUGGUUCAGCAAGAGCUGGGUUCCUGUCGCUGUGGUUAUGUCUUCUGUAUGCUCCAUCGGCUCCCCGAGCAACACGAGUGUCUGUUUGACCACCUGGGCCGUGGUCGCCAGGAGGCCGUCCUCAAGAUGGUCAAGCUCGACCGCAAGGUGGGCCGCUCAUGCCAGCGCAUCGGAGAGGAGUGCUCCUGAGCGCUCCGCUCCCUCAGAAGAACCUCUGUGUUCAGACGGUGUCUCAGCACCAACAGGGAUUUGAUUUUUUUAUUUGUUUUUCCUUCUCAUUUUUCUUUUUCCAAGAUUUUUGCAGGUUUUUUUUUUUUUGGAUACAAACCUCGACCCGCUCGCUCUUUUUAAACUCCACUGUUACCCACAUAACCGUUUUUUUUUUUCUUCUUCUGCUUCUGUUGGCUUGAUCAUAUCCCUGCUGCUAAGAUGCCUUUUGGAAAAUUCAAACCCAGGAAUGACAGAACAAUAAAGAGCAGAGGAAAUAUACAAUUUCUUCACUUUUUUUUCUUUUUUUGCAAGCUCCUGACUUCUCGAGUGUGAGCAGAGUAAUAACGAAUAAAAGGACGACGAGAAGAAAUAUAAUACUUUCUACAAAUGUUUGUCCGGGAAGCCAGAUUAAGACUAUACUCUUUACCUCAAAAAAGGAAAAUAAAACAACAAAGAACGACAAGAAGGAGGAGAAAAGGAUGGUUACCCUUUGUGUACACUUCUGCUUUGGCGCUGUUUAUAGACUGUGCUCUUUACCUCAAAAUCAGACAGAGCUGCUUUGUACUCUGCGCCGAGCAUGGACCUUGUGAAGCAAACCGAGCAAGCCAGCCUCAGUUUAAGUUAGUGUCUUACCCCCUGGCCGUCCACUACCCCCAGUCCUUUAGAAAGACCUGUUAAUCCUCCACCUCAGGUUAUCAGGAUAUCAAACCCUCCCCGACUUGCACCCCUCUCUUUACCCCUACAGGACACCUUUUUACUCCUUUUUGUUUGUUUUAAGAUUAUUCUGGAGGUGUUUCUGCUUUGUGGACGAUGAAGCUGGGGUGAAACUGUGAUUCCAAAACGCAGGACCUGCAGAGUGAAUUGGACUAGAAACGCAUUGUGCUGGCGGGAGUGAGCUGGUUGUCCCUGGAUCGCACACAGAUCCGUCGUCAACGUUGGGGUGUGAUUGAUCGAGGCUUAAUUUGUCGCGGAUUUUCUCUGUCUUCCUCUUUUUGUCUCAGCCUUCAUCUCCUUCUUCCUCACCGCCCUCCCACAUGAAGACAUGUUGUGUGUGCUGGAUGUGUACAAACUUCAGGAAGACAACAUUUACAGGGCAUGAACGUGCAUACGAUUUAUUCCUGGGCCUGAAAUGUCUGCAUCGUACACGUCCACACAUCUCUAUGCUUUAAUAAAUACACACACACACACACACACUCCCUCUCUCUCUCACACACACCUUUAUGUUGUUUUAUGUUCUCAGCUGUGCACAUGGAGCACAAGCAGGAAAGAUCAAACGUUGCUGUACACAAGCUGAGAUGGCAGAGCGUCACUCAGAGGUGGCUGGUUCAGAUGGGGGGAUAGUUGUUAUAGUUCAGGUUUCUCACGUUGUCUUUCAAUGAACCACAUGUUAAAGGUAAUUUGACUAUUCUUUGGUUUUCAGUUAUUUAAUGCCCCCCCCCCCUUCCCUUUAAUGCCCCAUGUUCUCAUUUCCAGCUAGCAUGAUGAUCUUAAAUACAUUCUCCUCCUGCCUUUCACUUUCCUUUUCUCAUCUUUCCCCUUAUUGAUUGUUCUAUUUUCCCCUUAUUUCAGCCUCUCUGCCCCCCCCCUCCUCCCCCUUCUCCCCCCACGGUGGCCGGGGUGAGCAGAGUGCUGAAAGUCAAAAUCAGCAAAUAAUUACUCUCCAAAGGUUUUCCUGGUGGACUAUGUAAGGAAAGAAGAGACCAUGCAUAAUGAAUGAAUAUUCUGUAUCUUUAAAGAAAACCUUAUUUAACCCCUUUUUUGCUUUUCACUUACAUUUAAGUGUCGAGCUGCGCUUUUUUGGUUUGGGUUGUAAUGUGGUUCUAAAAUGGGAAGAUGAACGUGGAAAAUUCUAUAUUUUUGUUUCCAUUGCUUUACUUUAUGCUUCCCCUCUCCAACUUUUUCUUUUUACUAAGAAAGAAUAAACUGGAUUAGACAAAGUGUGAA